GUCCCUGACCUUUGGUCAUGUGACUAAGCCGGUCUUCCAUUUUGUAUCGAUGUGUGAAAAUUUAUGAAUCUUGGGUACCAUUGAGGAAAUUCGAUACACUUCAGGUCUCAUCCAUCAAGAUGUUUCGCAAAAAGAGUGUAAAGGGUGAUGUUCAUACAGAGUACCAAUGCUCAAUUCGAUUUCUGGACGACUCGGAACCCCUCAGUCUAAGUUUUAAGAAGGACACCCAUGGACAAGAACUAUUUGAUCAAGUGUGUAAUAAACUCAACUUGGUGGAAAAGGAUUACUUUGGCCUGAGAUAUGUAGAAGACAAACAAAGGCAUUGGUUGGAUCCUUUGAAAUCUGUAUAUAAACAGCUGAAAGGUGUAAAUCCAUGUGUUUUGUGUUUUCGAGUGAAGUUUUAUCCUUCGGAUCCUUCCAAGCUGCACGAAGAAAUAACAAGAUAUUACUUGUUCCUACAACUGAGACGUGACCUUCAUCAUGGCCGCCUGCUUUGUUCACAGGCUGAUGCUCUUGUUCUGGCAGCCUAUAUUAUCCAAUCUGAGGUGGGGGAUUAUGACCCAGAGGAUCACCCCCCAGGCUAUGUGUCAGAGUUCAAGAUGCUUCCAAAGCAGAAUGCCAAAAUGGAGGAAGAAAUCAUGGAAAUUCACAAGACCCUAGCAGGACAGGUACCAGCAGAAGCUGAGGCCAAUUUCCUGAAGAAAGCUGCCACCCUGGACACGUAUGGGGUGGACCCACAUCAGGUGAAGGAUCAGAAGGGUGUUUCUCUUUAUCUUGGUGUCACACAUCAAGGCAUUAUGACUUUUCAUGGAAGUCGCCGAACACAGCUGUACAAAUGGAGCCAAAUUAAGAAGAUGCCUACCUAUGAAGGAAAGACAUUCAUCUUACAUGUCAGUGUUGCUGAGGAUGAAGAUCAAGCAAAUAACAAAAAGCGUAACCUCUCAUUUAUAUGUACUGGACCCAUUGAAAAGCAGAAGCCAAUAGGAUACAAAUGUGACACCCUUGCUGCUUGCAAAUAUCUCUGGAAGUGUGCCGUUGAACAGCAAUUGUUUUUCACGUUGCAGAAUUCGGCCCAUCCACCCAAGCUACGAUCAGGACACAGCCUGUUUUCCAGAGGCUCAAAGUUUAGAUUUAGUGGAAGAUGUCAGAAUGAAGCUUUUGCUGCCAGCGAGGAGAUCAAGAGAAAUGAACCUAAUUUCAACAGAACCUCCUCCUUGCCAAACUAUGGUAGAAAACCAGAGAGCAAGAAUUCUCCAAACAAACACAAAUCUAUGACACUUGAGAUUCCCAUUAAGGAGGAUAAAAGAAAAUACAGGGUUAACAAGGGGUUACGCAGGGAGUCUGCAGUAGAUGUACCAAGCAAAGAACCAAGUAUAAUGGCAGAUAUCGUACAACAAGCCCCUGUCACAGCACCUGUAGCUACACCAGAGGACUCCAUUGUGUCUGAAGUGGUAGAACCAGAGAAAAUUACUGCCACAGAAACAGAACCACUUAAACAAAAUGGCAGUCUGCCAGCUAUAGUUCUCAACUCAGAGAGUGAGGAGAUGCCCCCAUACGAACCUAACCAUACAGUGAUUGAGGAACAAUCACCAGUCAAGGAGGGUAAAGGUCAUCAGGAGAUUUCAGACAGUGAUGAGGAGGAAGAGGUUAAAAAACCAAGCUUGGAGGAACAGCUUAAGGAUUUGGAAGAGGAGAUUGAGAGGAAGAGUAGCUUCUCUGGUUCUUAUCAACCAGAGGCUGAUGUACAAGAAGAAGUAAUCCUCACCACAGUGCCCAAAUCCAGCAAUAACGUCCAGUCUUCACCGCACAAACAGAAUCAUUUGGGUACCUCCACAAAGAGCACCGCAGUGGAGCCAACCAGCACCGGCAGUGGCUGCUGUCGUAUGUUCCUCUUCACUUUCUUUUUUGUGUUUCUCACCCUAACAGUCACAGCCAUUGCUCUGUUGAGUUCUAACUUAGAUCAUCCAUUGCUAACUCAACUCAGACAACACCUGCAGUUUGUCAAUCCAGUGAGAGAUUAUGUCAUGGACAGAAUUAAUUCAUUCUUUUCCUAGGUCAUAGGACUUUUUCUGGAGGUUUUCUCUAAACCAUGCAUUGCUCACCACUGAGGAAGCUAGUGUGGUUAAUUAUUCUACUUUUGGGUAGUGGGAUUUUGUCUGUAAGACAAGAGAUUACAUAUCUAUAUUUAUGGCAUAUAUGUGUAGGUACAUAAACUGCAAAUAAAAUGGAGGAAAUAUUAGUCUGUAAGAGAAGCAUUUCAUGUAUUUUUAUGUUAAAACAUUUGCUCCACUACAUUUUAUUAUACUUUUUUUGCAUUUUAUGUUCAUUUUUACAAUCAUGUAUGUUGAAUCUUUUAAGUAAAAAAAAGUGGAUUAUGAAAUUUGAAAGGAAAAAAACAAGUGAAAAUGACACUUCAGUGAAGUGAACUUAGAAGUUGUAUUGCUAUUUUGUAGAAAGGGUUAAGUGUGGCAGCUAAACCUUAUGAUUGAAAUAUCUUGUGUGUUACAUUCAUAUCUUUUAAUUUUUUUCCUAAUGUUUUGUUAACUCUUUGUUAUGUACAUUAGAAUCUAUAGCUUUAAUCAAUUUCUCACUUUCAGCUUUUAAUUCUAACUUUCAGUUUUUUAAUUAUCACAGACUUUAAGCUUUUUUAUUCUCACUUCCAGUUUUUCAAUGGUGUAUCUCAAAGUCUCAGUUUUUCAUCAGGUCUCAAUGAGCUUGCCAACACUUUCUAUCUUUUGAACUAAAUCACCAGUUUUCAAAGUUUCCCAAUUGUUUGUGAUUUAAUAUUAUUUUACAUGAGUGGAAAAAAUAUUUAUAGGUGCCAAUUAAGAAAUUUUAAAUGUGGUAAUAAACCAUCAGCCCACUUGAGUUGUAGAAAUGAAUGUCAUUGUUUAUAUAUACAUGUAUAUAUGUUUUAAAAAAAGGUUGUCUUGAUAAGCAAAUAUGGUCUUUCUUAAUUUUUCUAAAUCUUCAGCAUUUCAUUAAUAUUAUUUCUUAAAUAGAUCG